AUGAGCCGCAGGUUCACUGUCACCUCACUGCCCCCCGCGGCGCCCGCCGGGACCUCUGACUUAGAGUCCCACCCGCAUUCGGCAACCGGUCUCCGCCACCUCUCUGGGGAAGACGCCAAAGGUGAUGGCAACCCCAAGGAGAGCAGCCCCUUCAUCAACAGCACUGACACAGAGAAGGGAAGGGAGUACGAUGGCAAGAACAUGGCCCUGUUUGAGGAGGAGAUGGACACCAGCCCCAUGGUGUCCUCCCUGCUCAGUGGCCUGGCCAACUACACCAACCUGCCCCAGGGAAGUAGGGAGCAUGAAGAAGCAGAAAAUAAUGAGGGUGGAAAAAAGAAGCCAGUGCAGGCCCCACGCAUGGGCACCUUUAUGGGCGUGUACCUGCCCUGCCUGCAGAACAUCUUUGGCGUCAUCCUCUUCCUGCGACUCACGUGGGUGGUGGGCAUCGCGGGCAUCAUGGAGGCCUUCUGCAUGGUCUUCAUCUGCUGCUCUUGUACAAUGCUCACGGCCAUCUCCAUGAGUGCUAUUGCAACCAAUGGAGUUGUACCUGCUGGCGGCUCCUACUACAUGAUUUCCAGGUCUCUGGGCCCAGAGUUUGGGGGCGCCGUGGGCCUCUGCUUCUACCUGGGCACUACCUUCGCUGGGGCCAUGUACAUCCUGGGCACCAUUGAAAUCCUGCUGGCUUACCUCUUCCCAGCUAUGGCCAUUUUUAAGGCAGAAGAUGCCAGCGGGGAGGCAGCAGCCAUGCUGAACAAUAUGCGUGUGUAUGGCACCUGUGUGCUCACUUGCAUGGCCACUGUGGUCUUUGUGGGCGUCAAGUAUGUCAACAAAUUUGCCCUUGUCUUCCUGGGUUGUGUCAUCCUCUCCAUCCUGGCCAUCUAUGCUGGGGUCAUCAAAUCUGCCUUUGACCCGCCCAACUUCCCGAUCUGCCUCCUGGGGAACCGCACACUGUCUCGCCAUGGCUUUGAUGUCUGUGCCAAGUUGGCUUGGGAAGGAAAUGAGACGGUGACCACAAGGCUCUGGGGCCUUUUCUGUUCCUCCCGUUUCCUCAACGCCACCUGUGAUGAGUACUUCACCCGAAACAAUGUCACGGAGAUCCAGGGCAUCCCUGGCGCCGCCAGUGGCCUCAUCAAAGAGAACCUCUGGAGCUCCUACCUGACUAAAGGGGUGAUUGUGGAGAGACGUGGGAUGCCUUCGGUGGGCCUGGCGGAGGGCACCCCUGUCGACAUGGACCAUCCUUAUGUCUUCAGCGAUAUGACCUCCUACUUCACCCUGCUGGUUGGCAUCUACUUCCCCUCAGUCACAGGGAUCAUGGCUGGUUCUAACCGCUCCGGGGACCUACGGGAUGCCCAGAAGUCAAUUCCCACUGGCACUAUCCUGGCCAUUGCCACCACCUCUGCUGUCUAUAUCAGCUCUGUUGUUCUGUUUGGGGCCUGCAUUGAGGGGGUCGUCCUGCGGGACAAGUUUGGCGAAGCUGUGAAUGGCAAUCUGGUGGUGGGCACACUGGCCUGGCCAUCCCCCUGGGUCAUUGUCAUUGGAUCCUUCUUCUCCACCUGUGGGGCUGGGCUGCAGAGCCUCACGGGGGCCCCACGCCUGCUGCAGGCCAUCUCCCGGGAUGGCAUAGUGCCCUUCCUGCAGGUCUUUGGCCACGGCAAAGCAAACGGAGAGCCAACAUGGGCCUUGCUGCUGACUGCCUGCAUCUGUGAGAUUGGAAUCCUCAUCGCGUCCCUUGAUGAGGUCGCCCCCAUCCUCUCUAUGUUCUUCCUGAUGUGCUACAUGUUUGUGAACCUGGCCUGUGCAGUGCAGACGCUGUUGAGGACGCCCAACUGGAGGCCACGCUUUCGAUAUUACCACUGGACACUUUCCUUCCUGGGCAUGAGCCUCUGCCUGGCACUCAUGUUUAUCUGCUCCUGGUAUUAUGCGCUGGUGGCCAUGCUCAUUGCUGGGCUCAUCUACAAGUACAUUGAGUAUCGUGGGGCCGAGAAGGAGUGGGGUGAUGGGAUCCGAGGCCUGUCCCUCAGUGCUGCACGCUAUGCCCUCUUACGCCUGGAGGAAGGGCCCCCACAUACCAAGAAUUGGAGGCCACAACUGCUGGUGCUGGUGCGUGUGGACCAAGACCAGAAUGUGGUACACCCCCAGCUGCUCUCGCUGACUUCCCAGCUCAAGGCAGGGAAGGGCCUGACCAUUGUGGGCUCCGUCCUUGAGGGCACCUUUCUGGAUAACCAUCCCCAGGCCCAGCGGGCAGAGGAGUCCAUCCGGCGCCUGAUGGAGGCAGAGAAAGUGAAGGGGUUCUGCCAGGUAGUGAUUUCCUCCAACCUGCGUGACGGUGUGUCGCAUCUGAUUCAGUCUGGGGGCCUCGGGGGGCUGCAGCACAACACGGUCCUCGUUGGGUGGCCCCGAAACUGGCGGCAGAAGGAAGACCAUCAGACGUGGAGGAACUUCAUUGAGCUGGUCCGGGAAACCACAGCUGGUCACCUGGCCCUGCUGGUCACCAAGAAUGUGUCCAUGUUCCCCGGGAACCCUGAGCGCUUCUCGGAGGGCAGCAUCGACGUCUGGUGGAUCGUUCACGACGGCGGCAUGCUCAUGCUCUUGCCUUUCCUGCUGCGGCACCACAAGGUCUGGCGGAAGUGCAAGAUGCGUAUCUUCACGGUGGCCCAGAUGGACGACAAUAGCAUCCAGAUGAAGAAGGACCUGACCACCUUUCUGUACCACUUACGUAUCACCGCGGAGGUCGAGGUGGUGGAGAUGCACGAGAGCGACAUCUCAGCUUACACCUAUGAGAAGACACUGGUGAUGGAGCAGCGUUCCCAGAUCCUCAAACAGAUGCAUUUAACCAAGAACGAGCGAGAGCGGGAGAUCCAGAGUAUCACAGAUGAGUCUCGGGGCUCCAUCCGGAGAAAGAAUCCAGCCAACACUCGGCUCCGCCUCAACGUCCCAGAAGAGACAGCUGGUGACAGCGAGGAGAAGCCAGAGGAGGAGGUGCAGCUGAUCCAUGACCAGAGCGCUCCCAGCUGCCCCAGCAGUUCUCCAUCCCCGGGGGAGGAACCCGAAGGGGAGGGCGAGGGAGACCCAGAGAAGGUGCAUCUCACCUGGACCAAGGACAAGUCGGCAGCAGAGAAGAAUAAGGGUCCCAGUCCGGUCUCCUCUGAGGGCAUCAAGGACUUCUUCAGCAUGAAGCCGGAGUGGGAGAAUUUAAACCAGUCCAACGUGCGGCGCAUGCACACCGCCGUGCGGCUGAACGAGGUCAUCGUGAAGAAAUCCCGGGAGGCCAAGCUGGUUUUGCUCAACAUGCCGGGACCUCCACGCAACCGCAACGGUGACGAAAAUUACAUGGAGUUCCUCGAGGUCCUCACCGAGCACCUGGACCGGGUGAUGCUGGUCCGCGGCGGUGGCCGCGAGGUCAUCACCAUCUACUCCUGA